UUAGUGAAAUGACAAAAACAGUGGAGAUUUCUGGGGAAGGUGGACCCUUGGGAAUACAUGUAGUGCCCUUUUUUUCAUCUUUGAGUGGAAGGAUGCUGGGACUCUUCAUCCGUGGUAUUGAAGAAAACAGUAGAUCUAGGCGUGAUGGACUUUUCCAUGAAAACGAAUGCAUUGUGAAGAUUAACCACGUGGACCUUACAGAUAAAACCUUUGCACAGGCUCAGGACAUCUUCCGUCAGGCAAUGAAAUUUCAAAGUGUCACCUUGGAAGUCCUUCCUCCAUAUAAUCGAGAACAAUAUGAGAAGUCUGCUAUUGCUCCCCUUUGCUUUCUGGAUAACGAAGAAGGAGUUCCAAAAACAAAGAUUCCACCUCCUGUUCAUCCAAAACCUGCUCUGAAAGCGAUUAAUCUCUCUGGAGCAAGCAGCUUGGAAGGAGGUGUGCAGGCAACUCUACAACAGGCUAAGAGCCCCAAUCUCCCACGUCUGGCUAGAAAGUCGUCUUCUCCAUCACUGUCUCCCCUUAUGGGCUUUGGCAAUAAAAAAAAUGCGAAGAAAAUAAAGAUAGACCUGAAAAAAGGUCCAGAAGGACUUGGUUUCACUGUGGUUACCAGGGACUCUUCGGUACAUGGUCCUGGUCCGAUUUUUGUGAAGAAUAUUUUACCAAAAGGUGCAGCAGUAAAAGAUGGUCGUUUGCAGUCAGGAGACAGAAUCCUGGAGGUGAAUGGACGGGACAUCACCGGCAGGACCCAGGAGGAGCUCGUAGCUAUGCUGCGGAGCACAAAGCAAGGGGAAACUGUCUGUCUGAUUGUGGCUCGUCAGGAGGAGACCUUUCUACCUCGAGAGCUGAAAGGAGAGCCAAACUGCAGUAUUCUAUCUCCAGAUGCCACAGAGCAGCUGACCUUUGAGAUUCCUCUGAAUGAUUCUGGCUCUGCUGGACUUGGUGUGAGCUUAAAAGGCAACAAAUCUCGGGAGACUGGAGCUGAUCUUGGGAUUUUCAUCAAAUCUGUUAUUCAUGGAGGUGCUGCUUUUAAGGAUGGUCGUUUACGAGUAAAUGAUCAGCUUGUUGCAGUAAAUGGGGAGUCACUUCUGGGCAAAUCAAAUCAUGAGGCUAUGGAAACACUGAGGCGCUCCAUGUCCAUGGAGGGGAACAUUCGUGGGAGGAUCCAGCUGGUAGUUCUCCGACGACUAGAGGUGCAGACAGAGGAACGCUCAGACCAGGGAGUCUUUAAAAAAUCAGCCUUUGACGGGAGUCAUAACUUCGCAGCUGCUUCCCGACACAAUGAUACUAUUCUUCAGCCAUUUGUAACGUGCAGUCCUCAGGAAAGAAUAAAAGAGUUGCCAGUGUCUGAUUGUGGCAAUGGUGAAAAUGAAACCCCUCCACCUCUCCCACCACAUCCCAGUGAUGAUCUGCUGAAUGAGGAUUAUAAUCACAGCCCUAUCAUAAAUUCAGCAGUGUAUUUAACAGAUCAGCACAUCAACUUCAGAUCUUUGACACCAGCCAAGCAGUCUGAAUCAAUUAAUCUGAAAGCCUCAAAAAGCAUGGAUCUGGUGGCCGAUGAAAGCAAAGUUGGUUUGUUGGCUGGACACAAAUCAG